UUCAGCGCUAUUCCGGGAAGAUGAUCACAGACAUGGAGAACGAUUAUAUUGACCCCGCCUCGCCUCCUGGUCGGAAGACACGCAGCUCCAGGCUAUAAGCACAGGACGAGGUGACCGUGAAGGGCCAUCCGGGGAGCAGGUGCGGCCUUCGUUGGUAUGUAAAUGUACAGAGGAUGGAGACAGACGGCGAGGCGGGAGGCGCAGCGGCAGGAAUUGGAUGAAGGAAAGAUGACAGGCAAGUGAUGGGAUGGUGGGUAAUGCUGGUGGGUAAUGGGAAGAAGGAAUUUGAAAUAUGAGUUAUAAAUAGUGAUAUACUGACCUGCUAGACAUGAUCGUAGGAAACAGGCCGUGUUCCUUCUCUUCUUCUCACCUUUCCUUCCCUUCCCCGUCCCGCCCCGCCCCGCUCCCGCCUCCACAGCAGUUCUGCAUUAACUGUAUCUAAUUUAGUGUUAAUGGUCGGAACAUUUUUUCAGUAUUUUUUUGGCAGAUAUAUAAUUUAUGGUCUCGUCCACGGAAGGCAACUCAGGAUCGUGGCAGGCGGGAGGCGACUCUCAGCAGCCCCGGAGAUUACUGAAGCGUGGCGAGGCACCGCAGCACCGCGCCAACAACCCCUAUAUCAUGGACGGCUACCUGCCCCCGCUGUCACUCCGAGGAUGCCUCCGAAGUUUGUUCUACGUACACAACGAGACAGGCAACAUUGUGACGCACGCCGUGCCGCUGCUGUUCAUCGUGCUGCACGGGCCCACGUGGCCGUCGCUGUGGGGCCUCAAUGAACCGCUAUUGUCGUGGGCCGUGCUGGUGGUGAUGGCCAUGCCGUGGGCCGCCUCCACGCUGUACCACACCUUCAUGGCCCACCGCGGCGGGAAGUGGGUGUACAGACUGCUGCUGGGCAUCGACGUGGUGGGCAUCUGCACCGCAGUGUGCCUGGGUCCUAUGCCCCACGUGUACGUGUCCACGCUGGGCCUGGGCAGGGCGGCGGCGGCAGUGGCGGUUCUCAUCUACUGCCACGCCUGUCUCUACUCCCUGACUCAAGCCGUCAAGGCGACAAACGCUUGGGAUUCCCGCACCUGCUUUACGCUGCCCGUGCUGAUGGUGGCCGCCUGCUGGGUGCUGCGGGUCAGCCCCUGGGGCGAGGGUCAGUGGGAGGGAGGCAUGUUCGUGCCGCCUAUGCUCGCCCUCUUCGUGCUGGGGGGCCUCGCGGGGGCGACUUUCGUGCCUGAGCGGUGGGCGCCGGGUCGCGUGGACCUGGCGGGCAACUCUCAUCAAAUCAUGCACCUGCUGGUGGUGGCCGCGCAGUACUGCAUGUUCCGCGGGGCACUCACGGACCUGAGCUGGUUGCUGCAGCGCCACGCACACCCUGCUGAUGGCCAAUGAGGCGCAGCGCUACGUAAGUCACACAACGAAGAGCCACACCUUAGUAACAAGCGCUUAAACUCGAACAAAUGACGCAUGAAACUUUGGCCAGAGUGGGGGACGCUUGGCGCUGGCCUAGAGGGCGAGGGCGCCCGAGAAUGCUUAUCAAAACAUUCACUUACUACCAAUUAACUGUAUGGCAAAAAAUAUAUACUAUGUCUAUCCGUAUCUAUCUGCCUGUCAGUAUCUGCCCAUUUUUGUUUAUCUGUUU